CAUCAACAACGAGCAUCUGUCAAAGCGGAUUUGAGCUUUCAGAAGACCUGCUAGACAUUCUCUCGCCAGAAUGCGUUGAUUCGAUGCUUUGUCAGGCAUGACAAUAGGUCGUCAGCACAGCAUACAUCGACUGCCGUGAUUAGGAAAGGAGCCUCGGCAUUGAGAUCGUCGAUGGGAGCCACAAGACUUGAAUGCGAAGACAAUGUCGCAGCGUCAACCUCACCGAAGAGUCUCCUACAUUGUCUCCACCGAUCUCAUUGAAGCAUCAGAUGCUCUGCCGUCGAACUUGGGGAGGUCCAGCCUCGUCCACUCACUGGUACAUCACCUUGGCCUCCUCGACAUCUCGACGGCUGACGGCGAGGCGGACGGCGCACAGAGCGAAGAUGAUGACAGCGGGUCAGAGGGCAGCCGAGGGGCACUGGAUCAAACUCGCAAGCCUACAAACACAGAGUCAGAAAGGAGCAAGCUGCUGAAAGUGCUCGGCAGCGGCGCUCUCGAUCAAGCAGGGGCCGACAUCUGUUCGUCACCCGCAGAAUGCUCGGCCAGCCCUCCCUCUAGCCUACAUCAAGCAUCAGUCCUGACUCCAUCGCCAGCAACAGACUUCCAGCUCACCUCAUACCACGCACCAGAGUACAUUCGUGCUAUCCUCAACUCAGGCCCUCCAUACAUUGACAGGCGAUGCGAAGGCAGCAGCGACGAAUCCUAUGGCCUCGUAGACGACUGUCCACGCUUUCCCUUACUCGCUGCGCACGCUCGACAAGUAGCCGGCGCGGCCAUCAGUGCGGCCAAGAGUCUACUCGCCGACGAUGAAAAAGGAGAGGCGUGCGAUGUAGCUAUAUGCUGGGAUGGGGGCCGUCAUCAUGCGCACAAAGCAAGGGCUGCGGGCUUCUGCUACGUGAACGACGCCGUCCUGGCUAUCCUCGAGUUGAAGAGGCCGAGAAAGGUGGCAGUGCGCGAAGCAAGGGAAGAGCGCGAAGCAGAGGAUUUGAUGACGAGGGAAAUCGGGAGGGAAGACGCGGUGUUCCGGGAUGGCCAAGCGGCACAGCCUUUGACGCUGUCUUUUGGUGCUCGUCCGCAGGAGAUCCAAGCCGCUGUCGCUGCUGCCACUACCCUCGUAAAAUCCUCAAAGCGCAGUGCCGACGCAAGGCAGACAGUCAGCGAGAACGGAAGCAAUCCACAGCGACGAAGGCCUGCGAUUCCAUCACGUAAACGCCGGAUGGUCCUAAAACGCCUUGAACGCAUUCUCUACCUUGACCUAGACUUGCACUGGGGCGACGGUGUUGAGGAAGCUUUCUCAUCUGGAGGCAAUGCACCCUCUCGCUCCUCUGCACCCGCAUCAACGGUCCCUUCAGUUCUCACAAUCUCGCUGCACAACUCCUCGCCUGGCUUCUACCCACCUGCUCCUCCUCUGUGCGAGUCAUUAACCUCCUCGAGUCACCUCAACAUCCCCCUCCCUCCCCAGCUUGGCCGGCCGCCCACCCUCAACCGAUUAAGGUCCAGCUGCCUCGCUCCCUUACUAGACGCCUACUCCCCCGAGGCAAUCGUAGUGCAGUGCGGCGUAGACGGUCUGGCAGGAGAUCCCUGUCGAGCGUGGAAGCUCGAUCUGGCUUGCGUUGCAAGAUGGGUGGCAGAGGUGCAGCAAUGGGCGCAAGAAGGGAGGGCAAAAGUGCUCCUACUGGGAGGUGGGGGUUACCAUUCUCCGAAUGCAGCAAGAGCUUGGGCAAGCCUGACUGCGCUUGCGCUUGGAAGGCUUCGACUGCCAAAUGAAGAGAGACGGCAGGGCGAAGCAGAGCAGGAGAGUACCGUAGCUGGCAGAGUAGAGAAGCACGCGACGAGCGGGAAUGACGAAGAGGGUACACUCACGCUCGCGACGCCCAUCCCCCUCAGUCUCGCCUCAUGGCCAGCAUUCACGGCCGAUGGCGGACAUGACAGUCUCGAUGUACCCGCGCCUCCUGAGCUCGACCGCAGAGAUGAUGUCGAGGAGGAGGACAACGAGGACGAGCGCUAUCUGCGUCGCAUCGAAGCCGUCUUCGCUGAAUGCAUCGAGGCGCUGCGCUCGGCGAGGGGAGUGGUGGAUGGGGCAGAGUGCAGAAGCGGAAAGAGGAUUUGAAAGCGAACAGUAAAUACCAUAUUGUGGACACAGCAGCUCACAUAAUGGCAGCCAUAGCUUGAGAAAAUCGCCUGCAAUUGAAUCGACGCU